AUGAAAAGAGGAUGUAAAGCUAGUGAAAGCAGCAUUUUCCCUGGUGGGGAUUUAGAACGUUCGAAGAAGAUGAAGAAGAAGAAGAAUAGAAAAGAUGAAUACACAGAUGUGUCAAGGAUUCAUGAUUGGGGAAAUUUGCUUCCAGACAUCAUACUCCAGGUUUUUCAGUAUUUGCCUCUGCUGGACCGUGCUCAUGCCUCACAAGUUUGUCGAAACUGGAAUCAUGUUUUCCAUAUGCCUGAUCUGUGGAGAUGCUUUGAAUUUGAACUGAAUCAGCCUGCUACAUCUUAUCUGAAGGCAACACAUCCAGACUUGAUUAAGCAGAUCAUCAAGAGACACUCAAAUCACUUGCAAUAUGUCAGUUUUAAGGUGAGUCGUAUGAUCGGUAAAUUAUAUUUCAUUUACUACAGCAUAUUGAAACCCAAUGCAUGUUUUGUUUGUUGUUUAUUUUAUUAUAAACACUCUUAUUUAUUUUUUUUUCCCAAAAUGUUCCAUAACUAAGGGUCCCUGCGUAAAGUUUGGUUAACUUGGCAGGUUAAAGUGUGACGCACGAUGCCUGGAUUUGCUGGGAAUUGUUCUCUGAAUUUCUUUGUCCAAGUUGGACUACAUAAGGGGAAACUUGAGAGAUGCAAGUCAAUGUAACAUUGAUUUUAUAUUUGCAUAAAGUUCUGAGGAGAAUUGUUCUAUUUUUAUUUUUUAGUUUAAUUUAUUGUGUUUUGAAUGACUACAACUUAUUUGUAUUUGAUAUAUUAUAUCCUAGUGCUCCAUCAGUGAAAACAUUUUUCUUCUAUAAUAUAUGUAUAGGCUGAAAUACCUGGCACUCAGGAUGCAAAACAACAUGGCAGGGUGCACUACCAGGGCUCCAACAUCCAAUUUGCAAAUAGACAGCUGCACUCUCGGUCUUUCAAUAAAAAUUUACUUUUAUUCCAUGGUAGUUAAAAACUGGAUCAACGUUUCAGUCUCACAUAGAGACUUUCUUCUGGACCAGAGAUAUACAUUUGUUCCCUCAAUCCUAUUCCCUUAUGUCUCCCUCUCUUGCUCUUCCUCUCACUAAAAUUUUCAAACUCUUCCUUUCUUCUGGCACAUUCCCCUCACCCUUCAAACAUGCAACUGUAACCCCAAUUCUGAUAAAGCCCAGCUUUGACCCCAUUCCCCAUCAUACUACCAUCCUAUCUCGCUACUGCCAUUUGCCUCCAAGAUUCUCAAGAGAGUUGUGUACAUCAGACUGACUUUGUUGAAUCCAAAUCUCUGCUUGACCCCCUUCAGUCUGGAUACCGCGCUGGUCAUUCUGUUGGCGUCCCCCAAGGUUCUGUCUUUGGUCCACUACUGUUCUCCAUCUAUACUGCCUCCCUUGGUAAACUCAUCAGCUCAUUUGGCUUCCGUUAUCACUUAUAUGCAGAUGACACGCAAAUCUACCUGUGCUCUCCUGAUAUUGACUCGUGUCUCUGACUGCCUCUCUGCGAUUUCUAACUGGAUGGCUGUUGGAAAUCGCCUUUCCAAAAAAGAACUUCUGGUCUUUCCUCCCUCGAGUGUUACUGCUCCCGUGCCUGUCUCCCUCCUAGUCAACGACACUACCAUCACCUCUACCUCGCAGGCUCACUGCCUGGGUGUUCUUUUUGACUCCAACCUCUCUUUUACCCCUCAUAUCCUGUCACUUCCAUCUCAAAAACAUAGCGCGCAUCCACCCCUAUUUAAACCCGGAUGCAGCUAAGGUGCUGGUCCGUGCUGUUGUUCUCUCUUGCCUUGACUACUGCAAUCCCCUUCUCAGUGGUCUUGCGUCUUCCCAGAUUGCACCACUGCAAUCUAUAAUGAAUGCGGCGGCGAGGCUCAUUUUCCUGUCCGCUCGUACCUCCCACGCCUCUCGGUCAGUCCCUGCAUUGGCUUCCAGUUAGAUAUAGAGCUCAAUUUAAAAUUCUGGUGCUUACUUACAAGUCCCUAUAUAAUGUUGCUCCAACCUACCUAUCCUCCCUAAUACGCAAGUAUGUCCCGUCGAGGCCCCUACGCUCUGCCAAAGACCUAUGUAUAUCCUCUGUCCGUACUCCCACCUCUAAUGCUCGCCUCCACGAUUUCUCCAGGGCUGCACUUCUUCUGUGGAACUCCCUUCCUUUCUCCGUAAGACUUUCACCCAGUCUCCACUCAUUCAAAAAAAUCAUUGAAAACACCCUUCUUCAAGAAAGCAUAUCAAUUAAACUGUUGGCAGGUUUUUAUCCUCCUUCCCCCAUGACUCCUCUCCUGCAACUGUCAAAAUUACCUACUAAGCCCUCAGUGAAUACCUUUCUAACAACCUACUUCGUACCCCUACUUUUACCCUUUGUGUCACUAUACCCCACUCCCUCUAGAAUGUAAACUCAUUAAGCAUGCCCCUCCACCUCUCUUUUCCUGUUCGUCCAGUUACAAUUACAUGUCUGUUAGUCCACCCAUUUUACAGCUACGGAAUCUGAUAGCGCUAUGUAAAUAUUAAAAUAGACCUAUAUCAAACAAUGUGAGUGUAUAUAUGACACAUAAAUGGGAAUAUUGACCUACCCCAGGUGCAGUGUGUUGAGAACGGCGUCCGGCCGGAUCCUAUGCGCGUGUGUGAUUGGAGCUCCACCCCUAAUUGUGACGUGAUUACGUGAUGAUGCCGCUGUUGUUACCAUAGCUAUGCGGCUUAAUUAAAGUCUCUAUGGGACCGUGUAUACAAUAAAGUGAGCUCCCACUUUUUAGUGCGAUCUGCAAGACCUGAGAAUAAAGGACGAUUAUAAAAAAAAAAACUUCUAAGAGUUGUAAGUUAUGCAGUGUGGAAUACUGUAGAGUGCUGUAUAAUUUAAAGUGCAAUCAUGUCUACAGUGGUUCACUGAUAAGUGCUGCUGUGAAAACUGAUAUAUAGAAAGUGACUGAAUUGUUAAAAUAUUAAAAUACAGUGAUGUGUGCAUAAAAACUGACCGUGAAAAACGAUGAUACAAUAUAUAAAGAGCUAUAAUUGCAGACUUUUCAGUUUUUAUGCACAUCUAUAAACAGCAACUACAUUAAGGCAGUUUAUUGAGCAGCCUUUUUAAUUUUCAUCCUUGCGUCUGCUGUAUAGUGUGUGUGUGUGUGUAUAUAUCUAGUUCAACUUCUGCAUGUCAUUGUGUCCUUCUGUUUUUAGGUUGACAGUAGUAAAGAAUCAGCAGAAGCCGCUUGCGAUAUCCUAUCACAGCUUGUAAACUGUUCUCUGAAAACGCUUGGACUCAUUUCCACUGCAAGACCUAGCUUUAUGGAUUUACCAAAGGUACAUUCUUAUGAUAUGAGACACCAAGCCCUACUGUAUAUGUUGUAUGUACUAUCUUUUUGUGUCACUUGUGAAGUUUGCCAAUAAGAAAAUAGAUUUUUAUUUUUAAUAUAAUUUAUCUAGUUAAUACAUUGUUAAACACAGAUCUGCACACACCAGUCAAGCCAUAAGAUUUGCUUUUCCCACAAAAAUAUCAAAUUUGCAGUGAUGUUACUACUGCAAGGGAUUCUGGGUGGGCAUAUGCAAAUUAGUUCUAUAAAGAAUAACCUUUUUGCUUCACUAUUCCAUUUUAAACAUGGAUUCCUUGGAGUUUGUUUGCUCUGUACCAAAGCUUUGAAGCACAACUCAGGAAAAGAUACAAAGCCAGUGAACCACUCAGACAGCUGUUACAUUGUUAGUGCAACUCAUCAGCAUGAGGUUGGUUACUGGCUUGCUAAGUGAGGCUUGGCAUUACUUGCAGAGUACAAACCAAGAAAGUUAUGGUCUGGGGAACAAAAUAAUUGUCUGUUUUGCUUUACAUCUAUUUACGACUCCACUGUUUGUUAAUCUGACCAGUUAUCUUCUCCUACUUGGCAAAUAUCACGCGCUAUGAAUUGUAUGCUAACGUUCAACUUCCAUCCAUUAAAAGAUCCUAAGGACUGCAAUCCUGCUAGAGAUUAUGCUGCAUACGUAUCGAUUUAAAGGAAUCUCUAACAUGAAAAAUAAGUGUGUGUGUGUGUAUGUAUAUAUGUAUGUGUGUGUAUAUAUAUAUAUAUAUAUGUGUGUGUGUAUAUAUAUAUAUAUAAUUAUGUGUGUGUAUAUAUAUAUAUAUAUAUAUAUAUAUAUAUAUAUAUAUAUAUAUAUAUAUAUAUAUAUAUAUAAAAAUUAUGUGUGUGUGUAUGUAGGUAGUAGCAUCAGGGAGCGCCUGUGAAGGAAUUCCCAAGCUCAGGCGAUAUGGAGGAGGGAAGGAAAAAGACACGCAUCUAGUGUAGUAUAUUGAGAUCUUAAGGGACCACUCUAGGCACCCAGACCACUUCAGCUUAAUGAAGUGGUCUGGUCUAUUCUAGGGUUAACCAUUUUUUUAUAAACAUAGCAGUUUCAGAGAAACUGCUAUGUUUAUCAAUGGGUUAAGCCUUCCCCCUAUUCCCUCUAGUGGCUGUCUCAUUGACAGCCACUAGAGGCGCUUGCGUGCUUCUCACUGUGAUUUUCACAGUGAGAGCACGCAAGCGUCCAUAGGAAAGCAUUGUAAAUUGCUUUCCUAUGCGACGGGCUGAAUGCGCGCGCAGCUCUUGCCGUGCGUGCGCAUUCAGCCCAGGAGGAGGAGAGGAGGCAGAGAGCUCCCCGCCCAGCGCUGGAAAAAGGUAAGUUUUACCCCUUUUCCCCCUUCCAGAGCCGGGCGGGAGGGAGACCCUGAGGGUGGGGGCACCCUCAGGGCACUAUAGUGCCAGGAAAACGAGUAUGUUUUCCUGGCACUAUAGUGGUCCUUUAAGUGAUGGUAAAUGAAGGGAAAGGAAUUGCACUUACAAUUUUCUGGAACCUAUACUCUGCUCCAGAUAUGUGCGCUUGGACGGUACAAUCCCCGCCUAUGGAUAUGUAGAUGGUCCUUGGAUGUCAAAAAGGGGGUCUCCAGUGGUGCUAGGGUAUAUCUCCUUUCCAAUGGCAAUAUGCCGGUAUUCAAAAAUUUGGUGAUAUAUAAAAAGGAUAAAAACACAAAAUAGUGCUCUCUGGAUAAUACAAAAUAAAAUGAUUUUAAAAAAAUGGAGGUAUACUCACAAGUGCAGAGCAAAUAGGAUAUUGCUCAAUAUAUGUAGGCGUGGGUGGUAUGAUCCCCACCAAGGAUAUCACUCCUCGAGUCCUCCAGUGGGGGUGUUGGUGAGAGUAAAAGUAAUUAUAUUAUAAAAUAGAAUAAAAAGGAUAGGCUUGGAGGCUGGGGACCCCCUUUUUGAGGAGUAUAGGCUCCAGAAAAUUGUAAGUGCAAUUCCUUUCCCUUCAUUUACCAUCACUUAAGAGCUCAUACUACACUGUAUCCAUGUCUCUUUCCUUCCCUCCUCCAUAUCGCUCUGAGGGUGGGAAUUCCUUCACAGGCGCUGCUCCCUGAUCCUACUACCUACAUCCAUCGUACCACCAGAAAAGAAGAGACUCUGGUAUUUGGGAAGUUUCAGCAGCCACAUACUACAAUUGCAAGUACUGAUAUUCCUCCUACCCCUCCGUGUGUGUGUGUGUGUAUAAUGUAUGUAUAUUUAUUACAUCUAUGUUCUUAAAUGGACAAUAUAAUCACCCAGACCACUUCUGCUAAUUGAAGUGGUCUGGGUACAGUGUCCCUAUUGCCCUUAGUUGUGCAAUGUAAAACAUUGCCGUUUUAGAGAAACUAAGACCGCCACUAGAGGUGCUUCCUGUAUCUUAAAAGACUUUAGGUCGCCUAACGGACGCUGGACAUGCUCAUUAAUACAAUGCUUUCCUAUGGGAAGAAUGUUGGAAAGGAGGAGGCACAGGCUGCAAGAGCUAGCUCCUAACAGCCUCAGCCUGCAGACUGGUCUCAUGAACCCAAAAGGUAGGAAACUGGAGGGUGGCUAUAACAGUGUAUAUUUUGACCUGUAUGCCUAUCAGUGUGUGAUUGACUGUAUUUCUGUGUGUGUGUGUGUAUCUGUCAGUGUGUGUGUAAGAAGUAAAGAUAACUAAAACUAUCUUUAACUAAUUGAGGUAUACAUGUUUGUUUUCCCAGCACUAUAUAAUUAUCCUUUUUCAUCCAUUGCCAAGCUAAUUUGCACAAAAUUUAUCAGCUAAAUGUGUUAGAUUUACUUAUCUCUGUCAUGCCAAGGAUUCAGGAAACAGAGUAGGUGAUGUGUGCUGAUUUUCGCCUGUGCACUCCCACAGUAAGACAAACUGAAGACAUCACGGCUAGAGGAGAAGAUAAUGGUGGCUCCUGCAUAUUGAAAGCCAGUGCAAGGAAGAAAAUAAAAUACAUGUAAUGAAACACUAGUGGCGAGGCUGGGAUAUAACCAAAAGUAUUAAAAACAUUUUAUAAAAAUGAGCAUUUCUAUAUUUUCUUAUUGCAGAGUGAAAAUGUAGCCAUUGCAACCCCUGGUUUGUGUAAUGUAGGACCCCUAAUCGGUAAUGUAAUGUAGGAUUUGGCAUUUUGUUUUUCUGGGUAGUCAUUUUAGAAAUGCGUUCAACCACAUGCACUCAAGCUACUUCCCUGAGCAGUGUAUUAAUCAUUUAUAUUUUUAGGAUUAAGACUAUCUUCAAACAAACACUACCUCCAUUUGAAUAUAAUGUGAUUUAUGUCUAAACUAUAUUGCCAAAUAUAGGUUUUGGAGAUCUGAACAGUUUGACUCAUUCCAUGUUUUAUGAGACAUUACAUUUAAUGGAUAGAUAGAAUGAAUAUAUAUGUGGAUGUAGUGUUCCUUCUAGUGAAAUCUUACUAAGUAAAAUGGUAUAUAAUUUUAUUAUUGAUUUAUUUUUAACUACCUCUUUUGCAGUCACACUUUAUAUCUGCCCUCACUGUUGUAUUUGUAAACUCCAAAUCCCUUUCAUCACUAAAAAUUGACGAUACUCCAGUGGAUGACCCAUCAUUGAAGGUACUCGUGGCUAACAACAGUGAUACCUUGAAGCUUUUAAAGAUGAGCAGUUGUCCUCAUGUUUCUCCUGCAGGUAAGACUGACUUUAUAGAUGGUGUUCUGCUGUAAGUACUUUUUUCACUUUUAAUUAUGUAUGCCAAUUGUGUAUUCUUUCAAAAUAGUGUUAAAAUAAAGCUAGUAACUAGCUGUAUGUCCUCUAAGAUUUUUGUAUCUGUCUUCAUAAACAGAGCUUGCAUAUGUACAUGCUGCAGGAAUUGUAAAUGUGUCCCGUUUAUUGUUAAUUUAUAUAAUGCACAAAAUAUGGCAUCCCAACUCAAAUUGAGCUUGUUAAUUAGUGUUUGCUAAAAUCUGAGCGUCUAGAAAUACUUUACUUUGAAGCGUUGUUAGCUCAAUGCACAGCUUUACAAUUGUCUGUGGUCAGUGUUAAACUGGGCCAGAAAAAAUGCAUCUAAACAUCCCCAACCCUAAUCCAUAUUUCAAGUCCCAACUAGCCGUAAUUCUUAAUAACCAAGUCCUCACUAAUAUUAUUCGGAUCAUGACAGAGCUGUGCAAUGCUGUGCUUUGAUCUGACAGUUCUUCAGCAGUGAAGAUUUUAAAAGGCGAUGAAUUGAAAGUACCCAAAUUUUCACAUUAUAACGAGAUUGAUCUCAAAUGUAUUAAGUUAUGCAAACAAAUAAACCUGGAUGAAAAAAUAAUGGUGCAUUGUUUUGUAUUAUAGGAAUACUCUGUGUUGCUGAUCAGUGUCACGGGUUGAGAGAGUUGGCCCUGAACUAUUAUUUGCUCAGUGAUGAGCUCCUGCUUGCAUUAUCUUCAGAGAAACAUGUCCGACUGGAACAUCUACGCAUCGAUGUUGUGAGUGAGAAUCCAGGGCAAACACACUUCCAUGCAAUUCAGAAAAGCAGCUGGGAUGCAUUGAUAAAGCAUUCUCCCAAAGUGAACUUGGUCAUGUACUUUUUUCUUUAUGAAGAGGAAUUUGAUCCAUUUUUCUGCUAUGAGACACCAGUUACCCAUUUGUACUUUGGGAGAUCAGUAAGCAAAGAAGUGCUUGGCCGUGUUGGUAUGACAUGUCCACGAUUAGUGGAGUUGGUUGUAUGUGCUAAUGGACUUAGGCCUCUUGAUGAGGAGUUGAUUCGAAUUGCGGAGCGUUGCAAGAGCCUAACUGCCAUUGGACUUGGGGAAUGUGAAGUCUCGUGCUCUGCUUUUGUAGAGUUUGUUAAGCUGUGCGGUGGCCGUCUUUCCCAACUUUCCAUAAUGGAGGAAGUGUUAAUCCCUGAUCAGAAGUUUAAUUUGGAGCAAAUCCAUUGGGAAGUUUCAAAGCACCUUGGAAGAGUUUGGUUUCCAGAUAUGAUGCCUACAUGGUAG